CCGCCAUUUUCUUGGAACUCAUCGGGAGAGAGUAAAAAAGUUAAGAAAAUCAUGUCUUCUUCAGAACCUGAGCAGCUGCGAAAAAUUUUCGUCGGUGGUCUAAAUCGUCGAACAACAGAAGAAAGUUUGAAGGAGUAUUUUUCAGCGUGGGGGAACAUCGUAGACUGUGUUAUUAUGCGUGAAGGCAAAAAUGGGCCUUCGCGUGGAUUCGGAUUUGUCACGUUCGAUAACGCUCAAGCUGUUGACGAUUGUUUGAAAGUGAAAAAUCACGAGCUGGAUAACUGGGAAAUUGAACCAAAACGGUCGGUUCCCAAGGGCGAAGCUCAGUCGAGGACACGAAAGAUUUUUGUCGGUGGGUUGGCAAGCACGGCCACAGAGGAAGAUGUGGAAGAAUAUUUCACUGGCUUGUGUGAAAAAUUCGGCAAGGGAAAAAUAUUGGAUAUCGACCUCAAAAGAGAUAAAGAAAAUCCCAGCCGGCUCCGUGGCUUUGCAUUCGUCACUUUCGACAAUGAAGAAGUGGUUGAGAGCAUUUGUUCGAUCAGUUUUCAUCAAAUAAAGCUUAAGCAGUGUGAAGUUAAGAAGGCAGAAUCUCAAGCCACCAUGAGGAAGAAGGAGGAACAAGAGUUAAAGGAGUCACGGCGCUCAAACGGAGCACUGAAUACUCCGAGCUCUGAAGGUCAGGCAUAGUUCUUUAUAAAAGGAACUCUCCGUUGAAAUAUGUAAAGAUAAUCUUUUUAAAAAUUUUCGAAACUGAAGAUAAGUUUAAGCCUCUUACUAUUUAGGAUUGUAGAUGAUGACACCACAAACCACCCCACCCCUUCCCAAUUGGUAGUCACCAUUUUCACACCUAACCUUUUACACCUUAAAAUCAGCAUGCAUAUUCUCUAUACUGUUCUCUGUACACUUCCUUUGGUAACGAUGAGGAGAAUUUGUCUAUCCAUCAAGAGCUUCUUACAUUUAAGUUGAUGACCAUUUCCUUUUUUCUCAUGACCUUAAUGUUCGAUUCAAGUGUGAUAUUGUAAGGAGAAAUUAGAUGCUGGUCAGUCCUAAGGGUUAAGUAUAAAAACUGUCUUUCAGUGAUGCUCAACAUAAAUUGGCAAAGAACUUCACUCACACAUAUGACCUCAAAAUUCAUCUACAACAAGUUACUGGCCAAUGCUCUCCUGUGUGCUGAACUCAAAUCUGUGUUGACAGUUUUAAUUUUUGUUUAUUGGAAAAAGGUUUCCCAGGUUGGGGCUCCAGUGGUGGAAGUUUCAAUGCAAUGAAUUCUGGAUAUGGAGGCUCUGGUGGAAGAGGUGACCACAUUUCUAAGAAUGAAACAUUUUGACCCUUUUGGAGAAUCAAACACCGUCAGAUUUCGUAUUUUGUAAAUACAUGCUUCAAGUAGGUCUUGAUACACAAUAGUUGAUUGGUCUCCCUUUAACAGUGUUUGGACUAUUUUCUCUCAAAUCCUUGUCCAGAGCACAAGCAAAAUGAGAACCAGAAGCAAAUUGACAAAUGUGGGUGCAAACUGGUUGAAGAGGGAAAGGGUGAGAGAAAUGAGAUGGUCUACAGGUCUAAAUUUUGCACAAUUCUUAAACAGUUAAGUUAUUCUUGGGCAAAAUUGAAAUAGAUAUUUCAGCUGUAAUCAGGUGCACUGUAGUUUUGCUGUGAAUAAACCUGACUUUGCAUUAUAUUUUCAAUUAAUAAGAUAAAUAGUGUAUUUUUAUCAUUAUCAUUAAUUGUUGUUGGAUUUUUUUUCCCCAGGGAAUUUUGGAGGUCCUGUCAGCAGUGGAGGUGGUAAUGGCAGCGGGUUUGGGACUGGUGGGAUGCCUGGCACUGGUAGCAUGGGUGGUUUUGGGGCUGGUGGGUUUGGUAAUCCUGCAGCAGCAGCUGCUGCAUUAAUGAGUGGAUUCAAUCCAGCAGCUUUUGGUGGAUUUGGUCCUGGUGCAAUGGGUAACUUUGGUCCUGGUUUUGGGUUCAAUGGUAUGGGAUUUGGUGGUUUUGGGCCAGGCUUUUUUGGUGGUUUUGGAGGGUUUGGCCCAGGCAGUUUUGGAGGGGGUGGUCAAGGAGGAGGAGGAGGAGGUGGUGGUGGUGGGACAGGAGGUUUUGGAGCUGGAAGUGGGUAUGGUGCUGGGAGUGGUGCAAGUUAUGGUGGUGGGGGAGCCUCUGGAAGAGGUCAUUCUCAUAGUAGUUCUAGCAACUAUGACAAAGAUAAUUACAAUGAAGUUCCUUAUGGUAUGGGAGAUGUUAAGGGCAGCAUGGCCGGGGAGCGCAAUGUCUCCUCAGCUAUGGCAGGCUCUAGCGGUACUGGUGGAAGUUCUGGUGGUGGAUAUGAAGGGAUGAACAACCCAAUGGCUUCUGCUUAUGGCAGCUAUCCUGGAUUUGGCUUUGGAGGCUUUCCCUCCAUGGGUGAUUGGAAUCAGUUUGCUGCAGCUGCUGCUGCUGCAGGUGGUGGGGUUGGGGGAUCAGGAGGAGGGCCUGGUGAUUAUCAGAUGGGGAACUAUGGUCAGAUGAAUUCCAGCUAUGGUCCGGCCAAUCGUAUGAAUAGUCGUGGUGCAAAUGGAGGUGACAAAAAUAAUCGAGGAUUCAGACCUUACUGAGGUAAGAUCAUAUACAUUGUGUCGUAUCUUUUGUUUAAUUUUGAACCAUUCUCAACUUCAUCUAUGGUUGUGCUUCAUUUCAUGAAAGUUACUAAAUUUAAUGUCAUGAAAUAAUAUUUUGCAAUUUAUUCGCCUAAGCAUGAAUCAAAGUUGUCAUCAGAAAAAUGAAGGUUUCUUUUUUUUCAAAGAGGUUUCUUAGACAGAAAGAUCAAUGUCAUCCAAAGGUCAACAUCAUCCAAAUUUUAACAACAUAGUUCCACCAAUAUAAAUUAGGAACUACAGACACAAUUAAGUAUUGUUUCUCGAAAAUAGGAUCUCUAACUUGAUUCUGUUCAAAAAAAAUGUUAUCAUUUACAUGCCUCUUUAGUAUCAAAAUACAUGAAAGUCCUGAUACUUCAGAUUUACACUGAUGAUUCAUCUGGUACAGAACAAAUAAGUUAUGAAAAUGUCCUUUUACUUACAAUUUGAAAUGAUUCAUUCCAGGAAUAGAAGAGUACAGUGAGUAUUUGUUGUUUUGUAGUGUUGUUUUUAUAUGCAGUUAUUUAUUUGGCUGUUAAGUUUUAGCUACAUUUUGUUGCUGUCUUUCCUGUCACAAGGUGUGAUAGGUAAUUUUUAAUAUUUUUGUUAUAUGUUUAAUUUUAUUCCUGCAUCUGUUUAAAAUGUUCCUGAUGAUUCCAUGAGUUUUUUAUUCGAAGUAACCAUAAAUGAUACUAUACUAUGAAAUAGUAAUUUUAUUAGGAACAUUUCUAAUAUUUGAUAUUACAAUUUUUUAAUUAUUUGUGAAUUCUUUGAGCCAUCAGAUCUAGAGGCAUUAGCAUAUGCUGGACAACUCUUACUUACACUCACUAACACUGUGUACUUUUAAUGCAGGUUAAUUGUAGCUGCAGUGAGUGACAGACAGUUACAGCAAGAGAACUGAACACAUUUGAAACAACAGAGUAGACAGGCAUUCACAGCCACUGCAUCUUAUUCAGAAGCUUGGAAGUGUGUAGUGUACAAAGAAUAGGGAAGCUGCUGCUGUAGACUUGAGAUGUAGAAAAUAACACAUAUAGAAACAGAUCGACAUUAACUCAUAAAGUUGGUAAAAGUAACAUUUUAGUAAGAUGGACUUUGAAUUGAAUCAUAGCCGCAGAGUGAUGUUAGCAAACAGCAGAAAUAUGUACUUACACAGUCAAAACAAUCAUUCUUAGCACAGUUCAUCACUUCUUGAUCAAUUGUUUGAGAUAUUUUGCUAGUGAAUUGUAACAGCCCAUCAGAUUUACUCUAGCUCUUUGCAUGAGAUUUCCUAGUCUAGUUAUAAAUCAAGAAAAUAUCUUAAAUCUCCUAAAUUAGCAUAAAUUCAGAAAUUUGUUGUCUUGCAACAAAUUUGUGAAAUUUUCUAUUUUAGAUUAGUUUCCAUCUGCUCAUUUGGUGUAAACAGUCAAAGGUGUGGUAGAUUCAUGGAAAAAAACCUACUCUUGUUGCAUAGAGCAAUUGAUUUUUUGUAGUAUUGUUGCAGUAUUAUUUACUGACAUUUAGAUCUCAGCUGUAUAGGAAAGGGUAGUAAGUAUUAGUUGUAAAUGACUUGGUAGUUAUCUAAUGGGGGCCAAUGAGGAGAAUGUAGAUAAUAUGCAAUUGGUUUGUGUUGACAUUGGCACCUUAAUAAACCUAAUACUCCAUUUUAGAAUAGUAAUGAUAACUAGCAGAUUGAAAUAGUUAGCAAACUUGUAUUGAAAACCAUAGAGACAUCUUGAAUUAGUGACUUCUAUUAAGGACAUAAAAAUUGGUUCAGAUUGUGGUUUUGUAAACCUGGUAGUUAAUAACAUUUAUAUUGGGUAGUAGACUUGUCUACACUAUAGGGAGUCAUGUGUCUCAAUUCUUAGUUUUGUCAUUGUCAGAGCUGUGUAUAAAACUGUUUUCCUUAAACACAUUUAAAUAAGAAAAGAACAGAAAGACAGGAGCUUAUAAUUUUUAAUUUAACUGCUGUAGGCUGACAGCCUUUGUUUUGAGUUGAAUGUGUUAGGAAAUUUAUGAAGGUCUAAUGAAGAACAAGCUAGCAAUUGUGGGGAAACAAUCUCCCAUGAGAUGGGGGAUUAUAGUAACUUGAGGAAGUUAUAUCGUAGCCAGGAUAUUAGAUUGCAUUUGACUGUUUGACUGUCUACCCCUAGAGGAGAGGUCUGAUUACUAUGCUUCAGUGUAAUCCCACUCCAGUUCAGUUGUAACAAAUCAUCCCAAUUUUGUCUAGGAAAGUUAUCAAUCUUUUUUGUGGGGACAAAAAUUGACUCCAGGCUUAGAACUAUUCUCAGAGAGGUCACAUAGACCAGAGACACAUAAAUUUGGUCACCUGAAUAUCAUCUCGUGAUAAAUCAGUGAAGUGGAAUCUCUUCCCAACCCUAAAACACUAAUAUCAUCAUCUGUGCCUUUAAAAACUCGACUUGCCUUUUUAAGAAAAAAAAUGAAAUUUUCUGUAGGAUUAAAAAAAUUAAAAUGAAAAACAAGCUGGUAAGUUUCUCUCCUAAC